AUAAAAUUUUUUAUAGUUAUUAUGAUAAUGAUUAUGGUACCAAAAACAAAGCAAUUAAUUAUCAACUACUCACUUGUUAUACUAAUAUUCAAUUUAAAUAUACAAAAACAGGAAGUAAGUAAAAUCAGUUAUUUUAUAUGAGGAGAUGAACUAUCAUUUUGAACUUUUAAUUUAUCGCUCUGAAUUGGUUUUGUUUUAAUUUUUAGUAAAAUUAACCAACCCAAAAUUUACAAUAAAUCAGUAUUUAUAAUGUUAAUUCUAUUGAUAAUAACCUUUUACAGAUGAAAUUUAAUGAUAUUCUACUUAAUAUUUGAAAUAUCUAUAAUUGUUGUACUCAUGAUUAUUAUAACAUGAGGUUACCAGCCAGAACGAGUUGAAGCUGCUUUAUUCAUAGUUAUAAUAACAGUUAUAACUUCACUACCUUUUAUCACUACUAUGAUAAAUAAUAGAACCAACUUAAGAUUAUGAAAUAUCCAAUAUAUAGAGAUGAAUAAAUGAGAAUAUCUAAGAUUAAUACUGGUUUUUAUAAUAAAAAUACCCACAAUGUUUUUACAUAUAUGACUACCCAAAGUUCACGUAGAAUCACCAGUUCAGGGAUCAAUAAUUUUAGCAUCGAUCCUUCUUAAACUAGGAUCAUAUGGAUUGAUCCGAAUAACCUCUACCAAUUCAGAAAUAAACAACAAAUUAGAAUGAAUUAUUUUAUCAUUUAGUCUAUGAACAGCUCUUUAUUUAAGAAUAAUUUGCUUUAUACAAACCGACUUGAAAACAAUAAUUGCUUACUCAUCAGUGGUUCACAUAACAUUAGUGUUUGCAACAAUUACAUUAGACAAGUCGAAAAGUAUAUUAGGAGGUAUAUAUAUUAUAAUUGGACAUGGGACAUGUUCAGCAGGAUUAUUUUAUAUAGCAAAUAUUAUAUAUAAAAAUUCUAAGUCUCGAAGAAUCAUUAUUAAUAAGAGGAUAUUUUCAAUAAAUCCAUCAGCAAUAAUGAUAUGAUUUUUUAUGUGUAUAAGAAAUUCCCCAAUACCCCCCUCGAUCAAUUUUAUAGGUGAACUUUUCUCACUUAAAUCAAUUAUAAACUGAUCUGGAACAAGAUCAACAGUUGUUGUCACUAUAACAACGAUCAUGUUUUCAAGAUCAUUAUAUAGGAUUUUUAUAUUUUAUAUUAUUACCCAUGGGAUAUUAAAAAAAUCAACUAACACAGUUAAAAUUUUCAAUUCAAAAAAUAUAAAUACUACUUCUAUAUUGAUUAUUCCCAUAAUCAUAAUUUCAAUUAACCCAGACUUAUUAAUUAUCUAA